AUGAUUGGGCUCAAGGGCACCCUCAAUGUUAUAGACAACUCAGGGGCCCUCCUCGUCGAGUGCGUCAACGUCCUCAAAAACAAAGUCAAUAACGGCUGGGGCAGCGUUGGCGACGAGAUCGUCUGUGUAGUCAAGCGUGCGCGCCCCGUAUCUGCAAGUGCACAGCUUUCUUCCACUGCCCUCAAGGUACGGCGAGGCGACGUCCGACGUGCUGUCAUCGUUCGUACCAGGAAACCCAUUCGGCGUCCAGACGGGCGGUGGAUCCGCUUCGACGAUAACGCUGCUGUCCUGUUAAACAAUAAGCGGGAGAUGCUAGGUACACGCAUUGGUGGUGUGGUCAGCGCGGACCUUCGUAUGAAGGGCUGGGGCAAGAUUGUCAGUAUAGCACCUAAAGUGAUAUAA